AUGCAAAAUUCAAAAGUUUAAUAAUAAUUAUCUGAGACAGAAAUCUAAUUCUCUAUUUAGUAGUUUAAUGAGGAUAUGGAAAAUGAAAAUUUAGAGAUUGAAAAAGAAAAGUAGCACUUCUCUAACUUAUACGAAGAUUUAAUUGUCUACUCCAUUAAUCCUUAAAAAGAAUCACAAAAUCAUAAAUUGUAAUAUAGUUAUCUAAUUUAUUUUUUUAGAAGAAAUAUAGAGAUCAACUAAUUUAGACACAAAUCUCACAAAGCUAUUAAAAAGCAACAAAAAAAAUUAAGAAAUUAAUAAAACCAUAGAAUCUAUAGUAAAAAAAAUAUCAAAGAGACUUUAAUGAAUUUAUAAUAAUAGCAAUUUAAAACUUUGCAUUUUACAGAAGAGACAUAGAUUUCAUAAGGGGAAUGGCAAGAAGAUCAUUAAAUUUAAGUUCAGUAGCAUGUUGUUAUUUCCCUAUGUUACUAGAUUGAAGAUUAGAGCAGAUUGUUUGAUUAUCUUACAUGUUAGAUUUAAUUAACUAAAACUUGA